AUUGACCAAGAUGGAAGACACGUGCUCAUUCAGUUAUUGCCUGGUUGCAUUCUCACGUGCGCCCUCGUGUAGCGGAUGUAGGCUAGCUAAAUGCGCUGAGCGUCAAGACUGCAAUUUCCGACAUAGUCGUAGCAAGCUAUUUUGGUGCAACUUGGGGGCUUUUGUCCAUGCACCCUGGAGGCAGCAGGGGGUUCAACCGUGCUGCCCGGGAUGGGGGGCGGGGGUGAGUAGGGGCUGGAUGCGUUUCCGAAGGACGACGUCUCUUGCGCCACCGACUGCUCCCACCCUCGCCGACCACGCUCGCAGCAGCCCGAGCCGCGCCUCCCCCUCCGGCGGGCGGUGGCGGCUGCGGAUGAUCCAGGGCUCGCUCAUGGAUUCACCUGAAACAGCAGAGCUACCUCAAGCAGAGUUUCUGACUGAGGAGAAGCCCCACCCUAAGCCUUCUUGGCCUGAAACUGGUCCACAUCCUUCGUAUCCCUGCCCAAGUUGCCACAAGCCCUUCUUUUCGGAAGCCGCGCUGCAGGGGCACCGUUGCCAGGUGGGGAGCAAGAGCCGCAAGGCCUGCCACAUUUGUGGGAAAGAGUUCAAAUUCUCUUACUACCUGGCACGGCACUGCCUUACCCACAGUGGACAAAAGCGCAGCCGGUGCCCUCUUUGCUGGAAGACAUUUGGCCGCCCGGCACACCUGGCCCACCACAAGUGCGCCUGUGCUGUCAAACUAGGCCGCGCCAGGGAAUGUUCCGGAAGCAGGCGGGUUUCUCCACACUUGCAAGAGCCAGGCAAAUUUCUCCAGUGCCGCCAGGCCUUGAGUGGGAAGACGGUGGCACGGACUGGUGGUAAGGAUGCCGUGGCGUCGGCCACCAUUGCCAGCGAAAAACAGGUGCUGCUGCAGGAAGACUGGACGUUACUCUGCCUGGCUUGCGGCGAGGCAUUUGAGACCAAGGGCGAGCUGAAGGCCCACAGAUGCUUCAAAGGGGUGGCAAGCCAGGAUGACGGGGAGCGGCAGGAAGGCACCAAGCGGCACCAGUGUGGCAUUUGCCACAAAUUAUUUGCUAGGCCGUGGUCGCUGUCACGCCACUACCUGGUCCACACAGGCGAAAAGCCAUUUUCCUGCCCGGAGUGCGGCAUGGCCUUCCACCUCUCUUCCUACCUCAGGCAACACCACCGCAUGCAUGUGGUCGGUGGGGCCUGCCCUCUGCUUGGCCAGGCAAGGGCCCAGGGCGCGGCCUUCCCCUUGCUUGCUGCUUCUCCCUCUCCCCCGCCACCCGCUAAGAAAGCCUACGAGUGCAGCGUUUGCCAGAAACCUUUCAAGAGCAAGUACGACUUGGCCACCCAUUCCCUCAUCCACACAGGGGCACUGCCUUUUCAGUGCAGCCAGUGCGGGAAACGCUUCCGGCGCCUCUCCCACCUCAAGCAGCACGGCGUGACUCACACGGCCGCUCGCCCGUUCCAGUGUGUCAUGUGCCAGAAGGAGUUCAAGCGCCUGGCCGACUUGGCCCGCCACCGGCAAGUCCACGAGGGAGAUAAGCCACACCAGUGUGGCAUCUGCCACAAGUGCUUCUCCCGCUCGUACAGCCUCCUGAGGCACCAGCGAUGCCACCUGCCGGAAGUGGCCGCCCUCCCCCAGCCUGAAGACUACCUCAGCAACUCCUGCUUCGACAGCCAGGAUCACUCAGCCUUCCUCACCCACCAGGAGGAGGGAGAGGAAGGGAAGGGAAACGCCACUGAGGUAUCGUCUGGAGUGUGAGGGAAGUAGAAACUGUGGCGAAAUGACACUAGAGCAUAGAGCAUUACACUAGAGCAUAAUGGCCGCCUGGACUCUGUGGAAGGAAGCGGACAGUAACUAAAAAGACCAGUCCGGAGAAAAAGCAACUCCAGACCUGACAAGCCCACACACCAGCAAGGGAUCACCAAACAUUUGUGUGUAAACUAUUGGGGGGAAAGUAUAAGUAGCUAUACUCAGCAACAAAUUGAUACUUCAAAGAAAUCCAGAUAUGUUGCCGCCUUGGCUCUCCAGCUGUUGUUAAACUACAACUCCCAUCAUCCCCAACCUUGUGGCUGGGGAUGAUGGGAGUUGUAGUUCAACAACAGCUGGAGAGUCAAGGUUGCCUUCCCUGUAUCAUAUGAAAUUAUAGUAUGUGUGUGAAAACCUUGCAGAUAUGGAAUGUAUAGCAUAAACUCAAAAGAUAAUCAGGGAUAUGUAUAUAUCCAGCUCUGCUCCGUUAUUAAAGUCGAAUUAUGAUGCAAAGCAAAUGCACCUCCUUAAGAUACAGCCCCGAUCUUGAGUUCAUGAGGAGGUGUGCUACAUUCCUCAUUUUGGGAGCAGAUGCAAUGUUGGAUAUUACUGUGUGCAUUGAGUCAUACUUACAUUUUAUAUUGUGAUACAUUUCAUAGUUGUAAUUUUCUGUCCACAUAUUAUGAUUCUAUACAUCUUGGGACAUUUUGUCACGUAGUGCGGUGUGAAAGCUUUAAAGUAAGGGUCCCUCAAAACAAACAAACAAAGGUUCCUCAAGUUUGGGUCUCCAGAUGUCGGACUACAACUCCCAUCAUCCCCAGCGGCUAAAGUCCAUUGUGCCUAUGAUGGGAACUGUAGUCCAGCAACGACUCUGGACUGAAGUGCAGAAUCCCUGCUUUAAAGGGGAGUUUUGACCCCACAAGCCAGCACCACAAACCUUGCAGGCAUUCCAGGGCAUAAUAGCUCUAACUCUCUGCAAGCAAGGGGUUUAUCAUCCUGAAUUCUGUUUUCAGAAACACUCCUGGUAAAGGAACAUUACUGUAGCUUGGGGAAGGGCUGCUUUAUAUGCAAAGGGCUCCAGGUUCAAUCCCUGGCGGCAUCUCCAGGCUGGGCUGGAAAGCACCCCUGCCUGAAACCAUGGGGAGCUGCUGCCUAGAUGGCUCAAUGGUCUGAGUCAGCUCAGCUUCAUAUGUACAUACUGUCAUUGCUGCCAAUACAGUGGGGAAAUUGCAUUUUUCUAACCCUCUAGAGCAGGGGUAGGCAACCUUGACUCUCUAGCUGUUGUUGAACUACAAAUCUCAUCAUCCCCAGCCACAGGUUGGGGAUGAUGGGAGUUGUAGUUCAACAACAGCUGGUGAGCCACAGUUGCGUACCCCUCCUCUAGGGGUAUUCCUUCUCUGGCAGGCAUUGCAGAAUGAGGCUUUUAGCUCUGGGCCAGGUAAAAGAUCAGGAGAGAGAAUAAGGACAUUUCCUCUAGUGGAUGUUGACUCCAGGGGCUCCUUCAGUCCUGCAUCCUGAGUAGUUUUACUCAAACAAUCUGGGGGUGGUGGAAGAGGCUGUGUUAUUAUGAAAUGUAUUAUGGAGUAAGCCUGUGGGGGCAUUGUUGAAGAAAAGAGCAUGCAUGUUUGGGGGAGGGUAAUAAGAGGGCAUAUAUCUGGAUGUGGGGAUAUGUGUGUGAAAAGAUGGAUUUCAUUCAUUCAUUCAUUCGAUUUCUAUACCGCCCUUCAAAAAACAAAAAACAAAAAAAGGCUCAGGGCGGUUUACACAAAGAAAUAAUAAAUAAAUAAGAUGGAUCCCUGUCCCCAAAGGGCUCAUGAUCUAAAAGAUUUUGGGUGGAGAAGAGUCACAGGGCCCUUUCUGGGCAUUCUUUAGGCAGGGACUGCCAGCUAUUGUUGGACUCGGGGGCAGAGGGAGACCAGCGGCAGCCCAGGUGCAGCCCACCGUCAUAGCCCCCUAGCCCAGCCCCUGGCCCUGCCUCAGAUGUCAGCAUCUGACAUCAGAUGCAGGGUGCGUAGUUAAGCCAUGCCUCCUGCAACUGAGAUGCAGGGGACAUAGCUUAGCUUGAGACAGAGCUGCGUGGCCCCGUUUGUGAGCUACGUCUGGCCAGUGGGUAGGGAAUGCUGCUCCGGCUGCACGGCGAACAUGGUGCUGCCUGGAUUUUGCUCGUAACUGGGGCCCCGCAGCCCCAUUUGUGAAUGAAAUAAUGCGCCUGCGUCUGACUUCAGACGCAGAGGCAUGGCUAGGGUGCAAGGCGUGGCCCCUGAAGCGUGGCAGCCUGGGUUCUUUGAACCCGUUGGUGCAAUGGUGGCUUUGCCCGUGGUUGGACUGCCACUCCCAUCAUCCCUGACUAUUGGCCACUGUGGCUGGGGAUGUUGGGAGUGGUAGUCCAUCAGCAGCUAGAGAGCCUCAGGUUGGCUACUUUUGCUGUAGGAACAAAGGACUAGUAACAGAUUAAGAAACAGCUUUUUCAUUGCGCUUGUACAAAAGUAAGCAACUCAUUGCCAUCUAAUACUAAUAAAUUGAUGGUGCUCCAA